AUGAGGUCCAAGUCCGGGUCCUCUGCCAAUCCGCACCGUAGCACGGAUGGCCUCAAAGCCAAUGGCGGCAACCUUCGGGACAAGGCGACGAUCAACCGUCUCAACAUGUACAAGGCCAAGGGCAUUCGGGACAAGAAGGGGAAGCUAGUCGGAGGAGCCUACAUGAUGAAGAACCGCUCCGGCGAUCAGGCCAUCACGGCCGAAACAGGCCGCGUGGCCCCCGACCGGAGAUGGUUCGGCAACACCCGAGUCAUCAAGCAGGAGGAGCUUGACAAGUUCCGCGAGGAAAUGAGCACUAGGAGCACGGACCCGUACAGCGUCGUGUUGAGGCGGAAAAAGCUCCCGAUGGGGCUGCUGCAAGAGCCGGACAAGGUGAGCAGGAUGAACCUGCUGGAGACGGAGAGCUACUCGGACGUGCUCGCCAACGGGAGGAGGCGGAAGCGGCCCAAACUCGGCGGCGGGGUCAACGACCUGUCCACCUUGCUCGCUUCGGCCGAGGUGCUGGAUUGCUCAGACGUGGUGAUCCAGGUUCUCGACGCGAGGAACGUUCCCGGAACUCGCUGCCCCCACCUGGAGAGGCACCUCAAGAAGAACGCCUCCCACAAGCACCUUAUCUUCGUCAUCAACAAGGUGGACUUGGUGCCCACUUGGGUGACGAAGAAGUGGGUCAAGCUCCUCUCCGCGACGCACCCCACCCUGGCCUUCCACGCGUCCAUCACGAACAGCUUCGGGAAGGGUGCUCUCAUCAACCUGCUGAGACAGUUCGCCAAGCUUCACCCUGACAAGAAGCAGAUCAGCGUCGGCGUGGUCGGCUACCCGAACGUGGGGAAGAGCUCCAUCAUCAACACCCUCAAGAAGAAGAAGGUCUGCAAGGUUGCGCCCGUGCCGGGCGAGACGAAGGUCUGGCAGUACAUCGCGCUCAUGCGUCGCAUCUUCAUCGUCGACUGCCCAGGGGUGGUCUACGACGACGGUGAUGACGAGAUCGAGAUCGUGCUGAAGGGGGUUGUGCGGGCGGAGAAGCUUCCUGACCCGACGGACUUCGUGCCGGCCAUCCUGUCGCGGGUGAAGGAGGAGUACGUCCGCCGGCUGUACGGGGUGGCCGCCUGGGAGGACGCGACGGACUUCAUGACCAAGCUCGCCGCCAGGUCCGGCCGACUCCUAGCGGGUGGAGAGCCCGACUUCCACUCUGUGGCGGUGAACAUCAUCAACGACUACCAGCGCGGGAAGCUGCCGUACUUCGUGGCGCCGCCGCUGGCCGAGGGCGAGACGCCCAAGAGCGUGGCGGCGGAGCCGACGGUAAAGGCCAGCUUCGACGUCGACGCCAUGACGGCAACCAAGGCCAUCGCCGCCGCCGCCGCCGCGCUGGAAGACGAGGAGGAGGAGGAGGGUGGCAAGGGCAAGGGCAAGGCCGGCGACAGCGUCGGCGGCAAGAAGAAGAAGAAGAACGGCAAGAAGAUGAGCAGGAAGGAGGAGGAAGCGGAGGAGGACCUCGCCGCCGUUGAGGCCGAGGAAGCGGCGAGACUCGCGAGGUUUGAAGCGGAGGACGACGACGACGACGAUGACGACGAUUCGGACGGCGAUGAGGUGGGGGUUACGGAGAAGUCGACGCCUGCUUCGGCAGGGGGGGGUGCCGCCGCCGUAGCGAGCAGCAAGAAACGGAAAGCGCCAUUGCCGGUUGCCGAAGCGGUAGACGAGGGGGUCGCGCGGAAAAGAGCGGCGAGGGGGGCACGGAGCAAGGCCGAGGAGAAGGAGAAGCCCUCCGGGGGUAAGGGGGUUGGGGCAAAGAAGGCGUCCAAGAGAAGGGCGGCGGACAUGGAGGAGGAGGAAGAAGAGUGUGGCGGGAAGCGGGGGGGUGGCAAGAAGAAGAAGGGCCGCGGCGCAAGUAAGGCGGUAGUGGCACGCGAGAAGGAGGAGGAAGAGGAAGAGGAUGUUGCAGAGGAUGAUGACGGUGCGAUGCCCUCCAUCGGGGAAGGUCUCGCGUGGGAUGACCUGUCGUAA